AUGUUUUCAAUCUUAGCUAUUUUAACUUUCAUUUCAUUUGUUUUCGCUAGUGCUCCAGUAUCUACUGAUUCUCCCGAAGGUACUUCUUACGUUGCUACUUUUCCAGAAACUAUAGAUUCUGGAAUUUCUGGAAGUGUUAGAUUUGACGCUGCUAAUAAUGGCUCAGUUAUUGUUUCUGUUAAUUUCACAGGUUUACCGGAUAGAGAACAUGGACCAUUUGCUUAUAGUAUUCAAGAAUAUGAAUUACCUGCUGAUGGUAACUGUUCAAGUACUGGUGACGUUUGGAAUCCAUUUAAUGGAGAUUUAGAUGCUACAAGUUCAACAGAACAACAUUUAUUUGCAAUUGGUGAUUUAUCUGGUAAACAUGGUAAUAUUACAGGUAAUUCAAUUUAUACUGAAUAUUAUGAUAAUUACUUGAGUGUUAGCCGUGGUUCUGAUCUACAAUUUGUUGGUAGACAAUCUGUUGUUUUACAUGGCGCUAAUGGUAUUUUAAGAUGUCAAAAUGUUAGAGUUUGUGAAAGACCAAUGAAUAAUUUAGAACACGGAAAUGAUGCCAACUCAAAUAGAGUUGCUACUUUUGCGAUGGUUUUAUCUGCUAUUUCAAUGUUUUUAUUUUAUUAA